AUGGUUGGGACUCCUCCCCCCUCCCUCGUCGAUCCUGCCGAUCAGCCUCGCCCAGACGGCAAUGCUCCUUUGCAGACCGACGCCGAGGCUCGCCGCGCCCUCCGCGAGACUGCUCUGGCCGUCGCCCAGGCCGCUGAGCAGGAAGCCGCCGACGCCUCCAACGAGCGCGACGCCGCCGCGGAGCGCGUCCGCGCUGCCCUUGCUCGGGCGGCCAAGGCCCGGGCCGACGCCGCCGCCGCGGUUGAUCCCGUCGAACAGCCUCACGCGGGCGGCGACAUGAGCGUCACCCACGCCAUGGUGCUCCACGAGGCCGCUGCCGUCCUCAACCUCCACGCCCAGGCGGUCUCUGUGCAGAACGCACGCAGCCUGGUGCCGACCGUCCUCGACACCGCCGGCAACUACCCCCGUUGGCGCGAGCAGUUCCUCCUCGCCGUCACCAAAUACUCGCUGCUGGACCACGUCCACAGCGACUCCGUCUCGGCCCUUGCUGACUGGACUCGGAUGGAUGCCGUCGUCAAGUCAUGGCUCUACAGCACGGUCUCCGCUGACCUCGCCGACGCCGUGAUCGACCACCGCGCCUCCGCCCGUGAGGCCUGGCUCGCCAUCGAGGAUCACUUCCUCGGCAACCAGGAGACCCGCGCUCUCCACCUCGACGCCAAAUUUCGCGCGUUUGCCCAAGGUGAUCUCUCCAUCACCGAGUAUUGCAAGCGCUUCAAGAAGAUGGCCGACGACCUCGCUGACCUCGACGAGCACGUCACUGACCGCACCUUGGUCCUCAACGUGCUUCGUGGGCUCAAUAAGCGCUACAAGGACAUCGGCGUCCAUCUCCGGCGCGGGCGCCCGUUCCCCUCCUUCGCCGCCGUCCGCAACGAGCUCCUUCUCGAGGAGAUCAACAUGGUGCAGCACCCUGUUGCCCCCUCCACUGCUCUUGUCGCCACUGGCUCCUCUCGCCAGCCUGCAGCGACCGGCGGUGGCCCUCCUCGAACCGGUGGCGGCGCCCCCAAGCCAAAGAAUAAGAAGAAGAAGGACCGCCGGGCUGGCAGCGACUCUGCUCCAGGCUCCAGCGCUCCCUCCUCCGCUCCUGGGGCGCCUGCUGGGUCCGGCGCGACCUGGCCCUCCGUCUACAAUCCGUGGACCGGGUCCAUUCAAAUGUGGCCCGGUCCCCGGACUCCUCCGCUGGCCCAGCUUCCUCAGGGCCGCGCCGGCCCUCAGCAGCAGGCGCUGCAGCAGGCUCUGCUGGCCCAGCAGAUGCAGCUCCCCCAGCAGGCGUUGCAGCAAGCUCUGCUGGCCCAGCAGAUGCAGCAGGCUCUGCCGGCCCCCGGCGUCUCCGUCCAGUAG